GUGUCUUCUGCAGCAUGGGCAUGGCAGGAGAACCUGCGCUCCAGGCCUCCCACCGAGUAGGUCCUCCGCAAAUGGUGGCUACCAGUGUCAUUCCAGCGCCCUGGGACCUGGCCUGUCUCCUAGUGGUCGCAGUCUGUAACCUCCAUGCCCCUGGCCUGGCGCCUCCCAGACCUCACUUGUGUGCCCCUUGUAGGCUCCUGCUCGCCCACCAGCUUCCAGUGCCGCACGAGUGGCUUCUGCGUGCCCCGCACUCUGCGCUGCGACGGUGACAAGGACUGCCCCGAUGGCAGCGAUGAGGAGGACUGCAGGAUCAAGCCUUGUGCCCAGGACGGAGAGUGCUGGCCACCCACUGGCAGCCCCUGCCCUUGUGACAACAUCGCUGACUGCCCAGAUGGCAUCGUUGAGAACAGUCACAACUGCAGUUCCCAGUCCUGCCCGGCGGGGGAGCUCCGCUGCCUGCUGGGCGGUGCCUGUGUCCCACACACGUGGCUCUGUGAUGGCCAUCCUGACUGUCCCGACUCCAGUGAUGAGCUUGGCUGUGAAACUGAGCCCCUCCAGGAAGGGACUGCCACAUCCACGGGGACCCCCAUGACCCCGCACAGUGUCCCCUCUCUCAGGAAUGUCACAGCCACCCCCACUGGGGACGAGGACUCCGUCCAGUCUGGAAACCGGAGUGCUUGUGGGGUUAUCGCAGCUGCGGUGGUGCUCAGUGCCGGUGUGGCCGCCAUCUCCCUGUUCGUGCUGUCCCGGUUCUGUGCCCGGGGGCGCCUGCACCCGCUGGGGCUGCUGGUGGUCGUGAAGGAGUCCCUGCUGCUGUCAGACAGGAAGACCUCGCUGCUCUGAGGACGAGCCCUUGCCACCCAGGCUCCCGGUCCCGGAGCGGCGGCAGCUCUGGAGACCUUGGACAUCCGCGGCGGCGCACGGGUGCUGGCACACCAGCCCUCAGCCGUUGGUCCUUCUGGCCAGGCAGCACCAUGGAGCUGAGCUCCUGCAGCUGGCCCCAGAGAGGCGGGGGGUGCCGGGGCCCCGCAUGGGGGGAGUGCACCGCAGCCGGCACGGAGGGGCUGGCCCCAGUCUGCUCCCGGGAGUGGCCCCACACGUAGGCACUCCUCCUGUCCGCAUCGGAAGCUGCUGAUUAAAGUUACUUCACAUCCUC